AUGUUGAAAGACAUCAUUUUCAGCACAGUGGCAGCGGCACGAAGUGCAGGUUUGUCUGUUGAGGUCAAUCGCUUCGAUCUUUUCCAUGGACACGUCGUCCAACGCCGAAAUGGUGACAUUGUGCUGUUGCUCCACGCCUCGGAGUAUCCUGCCAGGAACUUGGAGUCCUUUCCGGUCAACCUGGGCUACUGCCAGAUAGAUUCGCCACUUGAGUACCAUUCUGCGACAAUGCAGUUCCGAAAUCUCCUGGUUCUGUUCUCUGAUCGCGUCCGGGCGUUCGCACUGGAUGCAGAAGCAGACACUGUCAAGGCUCUCAUCCCAGAAUAUGCGCGGAAACCCGUGUAUGUUCUUUACGAGGACACAUUGGGAGAGCCGCUUGCCGAUGUUUACUUCCUCCCAGAGAAGCCCUUAGGUUGGGUAUUCCGCAGCUCAAAACGGGCUUUGCGGGCUCAACGGUCGAAGCUUUGA